AUGUCGAUAUAUGUAUCAUCAUCAAGAUCAACACAUCACAACGAAAACACGAUAGAAGACAUUUGUCAACAGAAAGACCAAUCAACAAAUAAUGACGACUCAAAUUCAGUUUCAAGCAUCUUUCAAUAUGCAAAUGAUAUGGGGAGGAUGUUAAACGAAGAUCAAGAAGUUCAAAGUCCAUACAUGGGCAGUUUGGUAAUUGAUGAGAUAAAGGAAAUGGAAAUAGAAGAAGAAUGCCAAUGGAGAUUAAGAGCGUCAAGAAGUAAGAAAACAGACAUGUUCAUUGUUAGAAAAUUCAACAAAGAACACACAUGCAAAGUGGCUGACAGAAUGGCUGAUAAAAGGCAGGCGACAUCCAAAUUAAUUGGAAAUUUCAUAAAAGACAAGUAUACAAAUUUCAAAACUGUUUAUACACCAGCAGAUAUUAUUAGAGACAUGAAGAAAGAGUAUGGAGUCGAACUAAGCUACCAGAGAGCUUGGAAAUCGAAAGAAAAGGGAUUGGACCUUACAAGAGGAAAUCCGGCUGAAUCGUACCAGUUGUUGCCUUCUUAUCUACAUGCCUUGAAAACAACAAAUCCCGGUACUGUUACCGAACUGGAAACGAGGGAAAACAGAUUUUUAUAUGUUUUCAUAUCAUUGAAUGCUUCAAUUAAAGGUUGGGGUUUUUGCAAGCCAAUUAUUGUUGUUGAUGGAACAUUUCUAAAAGCAGCAUAUGGAGGAACUCUUCUCACAGCAGCAACUCAAGAUGCCGCAAAUAAAAUAUUUCCGCUUGCAUUUUGUGUGGUAGAUUCAGAAAAUAAUGAAUCAUGGGAGUGGUUUUUUUACGAAAAUUAG